UGGGUGGAGGAGAGAGACCACUCCUGGGGUUCUUCUACUAUGGAUCCCAAUUUUCCAAGAAGAGCUUUCCAGAAGGCUGCUCCCCCACCAUUCUUAUGAGUGUGGAAGGUCUUCUCAAUGAGCCGACCUGUGUGCCACUUGGGGCAGGACUGAGCUAACAUCUCCGUGGAUGCUCAGGCGGGGUGGGCUGUGACAGGGCACUUGGAUGUACAGUUCCAGAACCAUCCUCAAAGAGAGGUUACUUUCAUGGCCAGUGACUCCAGACCCAGAUGGAAGGUUGGGACAGGGAGGAGCAUCUUAGGUUUGCAUCAGCUCAUUCUCCUCCACCUCUCCCAGCCAAGAGAAAUUCCCUGGAAGAAUUGUGCAAGAAGCUGGGAGCAACGGCAGGACAUUUAUUAGCAUCACUGCUCAGGAGGGACGGGAAGCAGAGCGGAAUGGUGAAGCCUGGUUAUCUACUCAAGACUGGACCCCCCCAGAGGGGCCCCUUUGCCUCAGCCUUUUUCUGGGAAGUUGCGGUGCUGAAGGUCAGGCCCUCCUCCCUCUACCCCUGGCUUCUGCUCUUCUUCUCCUUCCUACCCGCUGGUAGGGGCUCCCAGAGGACAGCAGCAGGAAGGAUGACCCAAAAUAUGGUGACUGUGAAUGGAGUCGAUGUGGCCUCUACGCUGUCGCAGCCCACUCACAUCAACAUCCACAUCUACCAGGAAUCAGUUUUGGCACAAUUGUUCAAAGCUGGGGCCUCCCUGAAGGAGCUUUUUUCUCAUCCUCUGGACACUAGCCCUUUCAAGGCCAGGAUGAGCUAUGGGCAGCUGGCACUGGGGGUGACCCAGAUACUGCUGGGGGCUGUGAGCUGUGCCCUUGGAGUGUUGCUGUGCUUGGGGCCCUGGAUAGAGCUGUGUGCCUCAGGCUGCGCCUUCUGGGCAGGGUCUGUGGCUAUUGUAGCAGGAGCUGGGGCCAUUGUCUAUGAGAAGCACCGGGGAAAACUUUCAGGCUGCAUAUCAGGUCUGCUCAUGCUGGCUGGUGUCACCACAGCCAUGGCUGCUGUUGUCCUUUGUGUGAAUAGCUUAACCUGGCAAAGUGAUGGCUUCUAUGACAUCGACUAUGUGUGUGAUUACCCAGAACCUGCUGCCACAACCACUCGGUACCAAGAGACAUGGCAAAGAAGUCACAAGUCACAUUGGACAGAGGAUAGAUGUAAAACCUACAUGCAAAUACUGAUGAACUUGUUCUUAGGAAUUCGUGCUCUGCUCCUGGCUGUCUGUGUCCUGCAGGUCAUAUUAUCUUUGGCUUCCCUGAGCAUGGGUCUUCGAAGCUUGUGUGGCCAGAGCUCUCGGCCCCUGGAUGAGGAAGGGACACAGAAGAAGCUACUGGGAGAGAAUUCAGUGCCUCCCUCCCCCUCCAAGGAGAAGACCAUGGAUGCCAUCGUCCUGUGAGCCGCCAAAGACCCUGCCUGGGCUCCCACAUGUCCCUGAUGGGAGUAGCCCAGCGCUACUGGGGAGGACAGCACCCACUCCCCAGGACUCCUUGUUGACCUGCCCUUCACACUUGCGUCUCUUUUGGCCACUGUCCCGGCCCUCCUCCUCUCCCCACUGUUCCCAUCGCAGUGGCCUCAAGUCAUUGAACAGGUGUUGUCGCAUUUUCUCCAGUGCUAAUUAAACAGAAACAACAGGAAACAUCA